AUAGGCAUCUACUCUGGGACCUUCUUGGUCAUUUUAAGGAUGCCGUGAUACUGAGACUUGCUACAACAUGAUGGGAUUUCUACAAGGUUUCCUUCUUUGUAUGUGGAGUCUGAACCAAACAGAAGAGAGCCUUAAGAGAAGAAAACUAUUGGGAUACUAUUAUUACAUUGGUCAUCAGAGAGGCUCAAUUCAUCAGGGAGUUUCUGGAGGGGAGGCAUUUGUUAUUGGCUGUCUCUGCACCUCAAGGAUAACAUUUCUGUCCUUUUGAUUGGCCGACCCACUGCUGCAAGAUUCUAACCGUCUUAUUUUGAUGAUGAAUAUGAAGGCAUGCUAAGCUGUGCCGGAGAGUAGUUUUUCCGAGGUCUGCACUCUUUCUUGCAGAGUCCAAGGACUGACAAUCGCAUCCGCUGUUUUCCUCUACCGACAGACCCCAUCACCCCAAAAAGUUGUGAUGCUUUUCUUCACCCAGUGCUUUGGGGCUGUGUUAGAUCUCAUUCAUCUCAGGUUUCAGCACUACAAGGCGAAGAGGGUCUUCUCCGCUGCUGGGCAACUUGUCUGUGUUGUAAAUCCCACGCAUAACCUCAAGUAUGUGUCUACCAGGCGUGCAGUCACGCAGAGCACUCCAGAGCCAACUGGCUUCCAUCCCCACCAUCACAUCCACCACCACCACCGCUACCACCACCAGCAACAACGCCACCAUCACCACCACCGCCAUCACUCCCUGCCUCACCACCUUCACCACCAGGAGGCAGUGUUACAUGAGGCCCCACUGCCCCUCUGCAUCUGCCCUUUAUUCUCCUGUCAGUGGGAAGGCCAGCUGGAGGUGGUGUUGUCCCACCUGAGGCAAAGCCACAGGAUUGACAUCCUGCAGGGGGCAGAGAUAGUCUUCCUGGCCACAGACAUGAACCUCCCCGCACCAGCUGACUGGAUCAUCAUGCACUCCUGCUUGGGCCACCACUUUCUGCUGGUGUUAAGGAAGCAAGAGAAGUAUGAGGGCCACCCACAGUUCUUUGCCACCAUGAUGCUGAUUGGGACCCCAACUCAGGCUGACUGCUUCACCUACCGCCUGGAGCUCAACAGGAACCAAAGGCGCCUGAAGUGGGAGGCCACCCCCAGAUCGGUCCUGGAGUGUGUGGACUCCAUCAUCACUGAUGGGGAUUGCCUGGUACUGAACACCUCCCUGGCCCAGCUCUUCUCUGACAACGGCAGUCUGGCAAUUGGGAUUGCCAUCUCUGCGAGUAAGGUCCACGACCCUGAAGUCGAGAUCUAAAGGAACAAAACGAUAAACUGACUUGGACAGGGACAUGGGCACACAACUACUGCCUCCAAGAACAACAAAUCAUUGGCUGUGUCUCCAUGGUUUCUGGAUGUCAAGACCAGAUUUUUUUCUCUUCUUUUUUUUUCUUUGUUUUGGUCUUAGGUCUUUUGUGGUAUUUAGUAUUUGUCUGCCAUGGGCAUUACGUUAUGUAUACAUCCUGUGAUUUAAGGUUUCAA